CUUAAACCAACAUAAACUGAUAAACAUAAACAAGUUCUCGGGAAGGAUAAGUGCAUCACUUUUUAACCACCAAUAACGAGAACAGGAGAGCCAGCCAUGGCUACUUUCCUCCCUACCUUCUCUACUCCAAACCCUCUCAGUUUCAGAUCCAAAUCACUACUUCUCCAUUACAACAAACGGUUCACCGUCAAAUGCAACGCAGCACCGCCUCCACCACUUCCUCCGGCGGUCCAGACAUUUUGGAAAUGGCUAAGUGACGAAAAGGUAGUAUCCUCCAACACGCCAGCGAAGCCCGGAAUCGUCGCGGAAGGUCUAGGAUUGGUUGCUCAGAGAGACAUAGGUCGAAAUGAAGUCGUUCUGGAGGUCCCGAAGAAGUUUUGGAUUAAUCCAGAUACAGUUUCAGCUUCUGAAAUUGGUAGGGUGUGUGAUGGAUUAAAGCCAUGGAUUUCGGUCGCUCUGUUUCUGAUUAAGGAGAAGCUGAGAGAAGACGAUGAUUAUUCUCCUUGGAGAAAUUACAUUAAUAUUCUUCCUGAGUAUACUGAUUCCACAAUCUUCUGGUCAGAAGAGGAGCUCAGUGAGAUUGAAGGAACCCAACUAUUGAGCACAACAUUGAGUGUCAAAGAGUAUGUGAAGAAUGAGUUUCUUCAAGUCCAAGAAUCGAGGGCAUUCUCACGACUUCGUGGUCAAAAUCUUGUUUUGAUUCCAAUAGCAGACUUGAUCAAUCAUAGCCCUAGUAUAACCAAAGAAGAUUAUGCAUAUGAGAUCAAAGGUGCUGGCCUAUUCUCCAGGGAUCAAAUAUUCUCUUUGAGAAGUCCUAUACCAGUCAAGGCUGGUCAACAGGUGUUGAUCCAAUACGAUUUGAACAAAAGCAAUGCAGAAUUGGCACUAGACUAUGGAUUUAUAGAAUCAACAGUAGACAGAAAUACAUACACUUUAACACUACAGAUCUCGGAUUCAGACCCUUAUUUUGAUGAUAAGUUAGAUAUAGCUGAAACUAAUGGCACAAAAGCAGUUCAAUAUUUUGACAUCACUUUAGGAAGACCACUUCCACCAAAAAUGCUACCUUAUUUAAGGCUUGUAGCACUUGGUGGCACCGAUUCCUUCCUACUUGAAUCUAUUUUUAGAAACUCUGUGUGGGACCACCUUGAAUUACCCGUUAGCCGUGACAACGAGGAGGUCAUAUGCCAAGUUGUACGCUCUGCUUGCCGCUCUGCUCUUUCUAGCUAUCGAACCACCAUUGAAGAGGAUGAGAAGUUGAAGGGAGGGGAUAUUAAUCGGAGGGUUGAGAUUGCGAUCGCGAUACGAGAGGGAGAGAAGAAGGUGUUGGGACAUAUAGAUGGGAUUUUUGAAGAGAGGGAAAAGGAGUUGGAUGAAUAUGAAUAUUAUCAAGAAAGGAGGCUUAGAGAUCUUGGUUUAGUUGGAGAACAAGGAGACAUAAUUUUUUGGGAGCCAAAAUGAGUUGUUUAGAUUGGAAUAUUAUUUAUAAAUUCGGAGGAAUGUGUAACUUUUAUUUCAUCGAUUUUGGGAAAUUUCUGUUAAUUAUACGGGUUUAUAAUAAUCGUAUUUGUGUAAAAAAAAGAGUUAAACUCGAUCAAAGUUUCAAUUUAUCAGUUAGAGCUUAUGUAUUUAAGUUGAAGGUUCUAAUCGAUAAUCAAAUAUUUAUGUAAAGGA